AUAAUUUUAGAUUAAGAACGACAAUAAAUCAUGAAACAAAUCUUUUGAAUAUAAAAACGAAAUUAAAAUUUCCACUUUCAUAAAAAUGACUGGCCAUCUAAAACAUUUGCACAAUUUAAAAAACAUCUUUUUGAAGUCGGUAGAAGCUGUGCGACCGAAAAAUCUUUUAUCAGCCGGUAAUAAUUACAAUUUGGAACCUCGCCUGGAAGCGAAUAAGAUUUGUAUUCAAGUUCAGGGUAAAUAUGUAGAUAUAACAAACAAAAAAUGUCAUGUGGUGGGCUUUGGUAAGGCCGUGUUGGGUAUGGCAGUUCAACUGGAAAGAUCUUUGGGUGAGUUUUUGCAUCAAGGCGUUCUGAGUAUACCCAAGGGUAGUCGUCAACAGUUUGAGGGCAUAAAGGAAAUGACAUUGAGAUCGAAUUCUUUAAUACAAAUAUACGAGGGUGCCGAAAACAAUCAACCGGACGAAAACGCUCUACGGGCAGCUAAAGAAAUUAAACGAUUGGCCGAAUCUAUGACUCCGGAAGAUGUGUUAUUUGUUUUAAUAUCUGGUGGAGGUUCUGCUUUAUUGCCCUUACCAAAAGCUACUCUCAAACUUGAGGAUAAAAUGCAACUAAUUAAAAAACUCUCCAAUUGUGGUGCUUCUAUACAAGAAAUGAAUAUAGUGCGCAUAGCUCUCUCUGAUAUAAAGGGAGGAAAAUUGGCCAUGGCAGCUGCCCAAGCUCAUGCUGUUAUCUCCUUUGUUAUUAGCGAUAUAGUGGGAGAUCCUGUAGAUCUAAUAGCCAGUGGCCCUACCUGGUGUACACAAACAAAACAUCUUAAGGCGAAAGAAAUAUUAGAAAAAUUUAACUUGUGGCAGGAUUUAGAUGAACACAUCAAACAGCUUUUGCUUAUGGAAAACAAAGUGGAAACACAACCAUUAAAAAAUAAUUCAAUUUAUGUAGUUGGUGACAAUAGAGUGGCCACAGCUGCAGCGGUACACGAGUCUCUGAAACUUAAUUAUAAUCCUUUUAUAGCUUCUACCACCAUACAAGGAGAGGUAACCAGUUUAGUGACCCAAUACUGUGAUUUCAUUAAAAAUAUAUACGAUUUCAAAGCUUGUCUUAUAGAUGAACAAGAAUUAAGUAAAAAGUUUCCAUUUGAUUCGCGAACCUUUCAACAUUUUCUCAAAACUCUUCUAAUGUGCGAAAAAUCACAAAAACCUCUACUGUUGAUAAUGGCCGGAGAACCUACUGUUAAGGUUUCUGGUUCCGGUGUAGGCGGUCGUAAUCAAGAAUUAGCUUUAAGACUUUCUCAAGAGUUUCACCAACAGCCUCGUUUAAAAAAUGUUUGCUUUCUAAGUGCUGGCACGGAUGGCAUUGAUGGUCCCUGUUCAGCUGCUGGCGCCAUGGGCAGCUCUCAGAUUGUUUUAGAUUAUUUGGCGGAUGGUUCUAAAACAUUGCAGAAUUUCAAUGAAUACAUUACCAAUAAUGAUUCCUAUAAUUUUUAUAAAAAUUUAAAGCAGGGAGUCUAUCACGUGAUUACUGGACAUACCGGUACAAAUGUUAUGGAUUUGCAUUUAUUGUUGGUUUUAUGAUUGUUAAGCACUAAAGUGUUGUAGUUACUUUUAAUAGCAGGGAUAUUUUUUAAUCGAAGUUACAUUUUUUAAAUUGUAAUAAAGAAGAAAAUAAAAGACCAUUAAAA